GUCUGGUCUCUCAGCAUAAAUACUAGGACACUGUCAUUUGGCUCUUUUUAUCCAUGCACAAGCAGAGAGCUUCACAGAGACCUUAAGAAUCAAGAAAAUUCUGGACUAGGUCUCUGUACUAUACUGUCCUAAUAUUCAGUGAUUCUUUCACUGUUUAUCUUCAUUAGAGUUAUUUUUGUGUAAACUUUUAAUUUUAUUUGUCCAUAAGCAGUGGGUUCUGGACAAAAUGAAGAAGGAAACCAAGACAAAAAUCUUGUUUUUUGUUAUCACGGUGGGCUCAGUGUGCAUGUUAACAGCUGUGGUGACAGACCACUGGGCCGUGUUGAGUCCUCGAGUGGAGCACGUAAACACAACAUGUGAGGCAGCCCACUUUGGCCUUUGGAAACUUUGUAAGAAACACAUAUAUAUUGAGGACGAGGAAUUAAUUGGUAAAGUUUGUGGACCUAUCAGCUUACCGGGGGAAAUGAACUGCUCUUACUUCAGACACUUCACACCAGGGGAAGAUUCUGAGAUCUUUGAAGUUAAAACUCAGAGAGAAUACAACAUCUCAGCAGCUGCCAUAGCUAUCUUUAGUCUUGUCUUCAUGAUUCUGGGCACAUUGUGUGUGUUGGGUUCCCUCAGAAAGGGAAAGGACUAUCUGUACAAGCCUGCUGGCAUGUUCUUUGCUUUUGCAGGUCUGUGUGCCAUCAUCUCAGUAGAGGUAAUGCGUCAGUCAGUCAAGAGGAUGAUAGAAAGUGAGGAGACUAUCUGGAUCGAGUAUUAUUAUUCCUGGUCUUUUGCGUGUGCAUGCACAGGUUUUGUCCUGCUCCUCCUCAGUGGAAUUGGUCUGUUACUGGUCUCCAUGCCACAUAUGCCUAGAAAUCCCUGGGAAACCUGCAUGGAUGCUGAGCCUGAACAAAUAUAGAGCAGGAAUCCCAGAUUCCAGCAGGUAAAGCACUGUCUCAAAAUAUAUCUAGACCUCUUUUGAUACAAUGUCAGAGAUUGACAAGAAGAGGUCAUACAUCUUAAAAAGCUCAGUAGCUUCCCCCACUGCAAACAGGCAUUGAGGAAUAAAGGUGUGUAACACACCUGUUAUUAUACAUCCAACUAUGCCAGCAAGAAGCCAAGCUUUUCAAUAUUUACAUUAUUAUUAUUUAUAUAUAUGUAACAUUUAACAUCCUUUUUUGUAAAAUCUUUGAGAUUUAAUAUAAAGAGUGCAGCUGGCAUCAUGCAGCUGGAACUUAUGUGUAAUAAUGCUAUUAACAGACAUACAGGGAAGGUUUAUGACAAUGGGAUGGUUUAAAUCGAGAAGUGAUUGUUAACGUGAAGGAUUGAAAAAUUAUUAUUAACAUCUGACUAGCAUAUGUUCAGAAGCUGAUGUAACAGGAAAAGUUAAUCUGCACUAAUUUGUCAGUGAAUGGUGCAAUGCCACAAGAUUCUGCUCCAGAAAGCAAAAUUAAUAUGCUGUAAAUUUAUUUUAUUUUAUUUUUUAAGAUGUGUGAAUGCUACUUUGGUUUUGUGAUUAAUUAAUCUCAUUUUAUUGAUAGCCAUUUUAACAAUAGUUCUCUUUUGCCUGGGCACAGUGAUGCUUUCAACUGCCCUGAGCUGAAUGCAAAUGCUUGGUCUGCUGUGGUUACUGAGUACUUGGCAUGACAUUUUGGAAUAAUUUCAGAUCUUGCAGGUGCAAAGAAAAAUGGCAUCAAUAUCACUCUUAUGUGAAAAAGUAAAAUUAUUUUUAGACUUUCCAAGUCUACAGCUUCCUGAAAUAUACCCACAAACUGUGUUUACAAGCUUGAAAUGUAUUGAUGUGCUAAGUAUUUUUUUAGAAGAACAUGCUUCUGUGAUUUGUAAUUUAUGACCCUCUUAGGAACAGGAACAUUUUUGGGUCUGCACAAAUCUGGUUUAUGUUUCCAGCUGUAACCUGUAGAUCAGAAAAAAAUCUUCACCAUAUUUUUGGGUGGUGAUUCACCCUGUUUAUAAAAAAGAUCUUAACAUCAAAUUUAUUUGGAUUCAGCAGGCUUUUUGACAAUAAAUUAAAUACUAUAGAACCUUCUAAACUUAAAGCUUAGUGGGUUUAAAAAGUCUUAUUAGACCUGGAACUUUUUUGUAAAGUUGGCAACUGGAUAUAGAAAGUGGGGAUUACUGUCACUGACAAACACCAAUAGGGUUUCAUUGCCUUGUGGGCAGUGCUUGGACAACAAAAGUUUGAGAGCCUGCUUGCUUGUGGUCCUUUCCUUUUUUCUUCCCUCUCCUAUCAAUUCCUGUCAUUGCCAUUGCA